AUGACCAUCGUUCGUAUUCACCGUUCUUGCAACCACCUGCCUUCGAGAUGUUACUGCGCAAACGUUGCUGGUGGUGGGGCGAAACAUCUUCCACUCUUGGCUUGGCUUGCAGCUCACUGGAAAGAUACCAUUGAAAUAUGUGCGCACGAGGGACAAUCUCCACCCUUUACAACUCACUCGAAGGAGCGCUCAUCGACAAACUGCGGAGAAGAUUGUUCGGUCGCCUCUUGGGUUGAACCAAUCAAAACCUUUAUCAAGCGCUACUGGUUUGUGUUACCUGAAUGGGACGGCUCAAGUUCAAAUUGA